GCAGUGAGCUCUGAGGGUGAGUGUGCGCGUAACUCCCUCCGGAAAUUGCUGACAUAAAUUUUUCUUAUUUUAGCGCUAUUGACGAAUGAAUAGUGAUAUUUACAAGUACUGACUGACACGGAAUUGCUGAAAUAAUAUAUAGUGUACUUCUUUAAAGAAAAAAAACUCAGUAUUUGAUGACUUGUUUGUUUUAGGAGUAGACAAAGCUUGCGGGGCGAGCGGUCCUUUACAGAGGCUGCAGGCGACGGUGGUCAGUUGUCUCCAGGAGGUGUACCGCAGAGUUCCGGGUACGGCUUUAAUACCCCUCACAAUUACAAUGACCAUGAAAUUUAUUGUGGUGGGUUUGCAACACAGUGGCAGCGAAAUGGCGGCAAGUGUGGUCCCUGUGGUGACCCGUGGCACAUGCCACAACCUCGUGACAAUGAGGGUGGUGGAAAAUAUGGUCGAGGAGUCAUAGUGAAGAAGUACAAACACAGUAGUAGAAUCCAGUUGGGUGUCGAGCUUACUGCCAACCACAUGGGAUUCUUUGAAUUCCGUCUUUGUCCUCACAAUCGACCUUCUAAACCAGUAACCAAUGAGUGCCUUGACAAAUAUGUCCUGCAGAAAGCUGAUGGUUCUGGUCCAAGGUAUUUUCCAGGACCUGGUGCUAAGAAAUUUUAUGCCAAGUAUCGCCUUCCACCAGGCUUGACAUGUACUCAGUGUGUAUUGCAGUGGCGUUAUGUAGCUGGCAACAAUUGGGGAAAGUGUGAAAAUGGUACAUCUAUGGUAGGCUGUGGAAAACAAGAAGAAUUCCGUGCAUGUGCAGACGUUACUAUUACAGAAGAGGAUGGUUCAGCUGAUGACACGCCCAGUAUUGUUCCUGACGACACUGAUUACAAUGAAGUGGACGUGGACACUCAUGAAGGAAAACCCACUCUGGAUGCGGAAGAACAUAUUAACCAUGUUGGACAUAUUGUAGCACUCACUUUGUCCUUCUUACUUAUACUACUUAUACUUUUGGGUCUUAUUGUGUAUUUCUACUGGGCACGUGAUGCAUUCAAAGGAUUUAUAAAGCGCAGGGCUGGGCAGUGGUCUAAGACUGCUGUCACAGCAUCACCCACAAAGCAAAGAAAUUCCAAAAUUACAAUUUCUGGGCCAGUUGGGGUUGCACCACCUGUGCCACCACGACGUAGCCGAUCAAUGUCUGGAGGAGAUCCUCCUCCAACAAUUAAUCCACGAGAAAUUCAGUCCAUUAGUUCCCCAACCCGAGUUACCAUUAAUGGUGUUGCUGUUAAUUCCAACGCUGCAAGUAGCACUCCUUCACAAGCUCACUUGCAUGUUCCAAAUUAUUAAAUAUCUUGAGUUAC